AUGAAUACUACAAUUACUGCAAAAUUUUACGAUGAGGAAUUCGUUCCUGGGACCACAAAUAUAUUUAGUUCGGCCGACGACUCGUCUUUCGACUCGUCGUCCAGUGGGAGGCCAGUGAAGAAAAACAAGAAGGGGGUGAUUUUGUUGCCGCAGCCAUCAGACUCUCCCAAUGACCCGUUGAACUGGUCUACUCCGCGGAAAAUGUGGCAUUUCUUUCUACUUUCGUUCAUUACUGGGCUUACGGCAGCCGUGUCCAAUGAUGCUGGGGCAGCACAGGACUCGUUGAACGAGAUAUACGGGAUUUCUUACGAUUCAAUGAACACUGGGGCCGGGGUAUUAUUCCUUUUCAUUGGAUGGUCGUGUAUUUUCUUUGCUCCUGCUUCUUCCUUAUACGGAAGACGUAUUACAUACUUGAUAUGUCUUCUCGCAGGUUGCUUGGGAUCAGUUUGGUUUGCAUUAUCGAAGAGAACUUCUGACACCAUCUGGUCGCAGGCAUUUGUGGGUAUGUCUGAAGCAUGUGCAGAAGCCCAAGUUCAACAGUCAUUGUCUGACAUUUUCUUUCAACAUCAAUUGGGGUCUGUUUUGACGGUGUAUAUUUUGGCUACUUCCGUAGGUUCAUUCUUGGCUCCUUUAAUCGCACAUUUGAUUUCCCAAACGCAAACAUUCAGAUGGGUUGGCUGGUGGGGUGCCAUAAUUUGUGGUGCUACAUUGGUUGUAUUAUUUUUUGGUUGUGAGGAAACAGUGUUCGACAGAUCAAAGUAUUUCCCUGUCUACCAAUCUUCUCGCUCAGUCGAUCAUCAUAUCGAGGAGAAUGAUAACAACGAAAAAAGUAAGGAUGAAAAGGCAACUGAAGGGGGUCAGCAUAACAACGAACCUUUGCAAGUGUCUCCAGAUGAAAGCAAAGGAGUGUUUGCCCCUAUUGAGCACGAAUCACAAGCUUCAAAAGAACAAUUAUUACCAUAUCAUAAGAGAAUUGCUUUAAUUACGCCCUCUCCCUAUUUAAUAGGUUUUGGUUUCAAACAAUAUUUAAGAAGAUUUGUCAUUUAUUUCAAGGUAUUUACUCUUCCUGCUGUGUGGCUUUCAGGAUUAUUAUGGGGGUUACAAGAUGCUUACAUGACGUUCUUCUUGACUACUCAAGAUACAUUUUUUUACGAUGACCCAUGGAAUUAUACCGAGACUGGUGUAGCGGUGAUGAACGUCGCAACUUUAAUUGGAGCCGUUCUUGGUUGUUAUAUGUCUGGUGUUCUUUCAGAUAAACAUGUUUUAUGGAUGGCCAAGCGUAAUGAUGGUGUAUCAGAACCAGAGUUUAGAUUAUGGCUAUUAUUUAUUACAUUGUUGAUCUCUCCUGCUGGUUUAAUCAUGUUUGGGGUUGGUGCCGAUAGAGUAUGGCCUCGUGAAGCUAUAUAUGCCGGUUUAGCAUUUAUUGGUUUUGGAUGGGGCUCUAUUGGUGAUACCGCCAUGUCAUAUUUGAUGGAUUCAUACCCUGAUAUUGUCAUCCAAGGUAUGGUCGGAGUUUCUAUCAUUAAUAAUACUUUAGCCUGUGUCUUCACAUUUGUUUGUUCAUAUUGGUUAGAUGGCUCUGGUACUGCAAACACAUACAUUGUAUUAGCUGUCAUUGAUUUUGUUUCUAUUGCCUUCAUCAUCCCAGCAUUAUAUUGGGGUAAGUCAUGGAGAAGAAGAACAAAGAGAAUUUAUAUCUCUUUAGUUGAAUUAACCCAAGGUAUGGGUUAG